AUGGGCAAAGAAUGGGCCUCGAGCGACGCUUAUUCGGCGUCAGCGGGCUCUGGGGUGCGCGCGGGCGGCGGUGUCGGCAAAGGCGCACAGGCAGCGUUCAAACGACUUCCGUUUAACUUUUGCGCACUGAGCUUGCAGCCAUUCACGACACCGGUGUGCACCACCGCCGGGGUCAUCUUCGACCAUGAGAAUAUCCUGCGGUGGCUGUUGAAGCACGAGACGAACCCGACGGACGGAUCGCCGUUGAAACAGGGGGAUCUGAUCAAGCUGGAGUUCGCGCGGAACACCGAGGGCGAGUACGUCGAUCCUGUUACGUAUAAGGUCUUCACGGACAACACGCACAUCGUGGCAAUCAGGCACGGCGACACGGCGAACGUGUUUGCGUAUGAUACGAUCGAAAGGUUGAAUAUCAAGCCUAAGAUGUGGCGGGACCUGCUGUCGGACGUGGAGUUCUGCAGGAAAGACCUCAUCACGCUUCAGGACCCGCAGAACAUUGAGUUGAGGAAUUUGAGUUCAUUCAAAUAUCUGAAAGACGGGGAGGACUCGGGUGUGCCCAAGGAAGAGGCCUCGAUCAAUUCGGCGUCGCUGGGGAGUGCAGCAGACUUGAAGAUUAUCAAGGCGAAAGAGGCCGUCGCGAAAGCGAGGGCGGAGAGGGCGAACGCUCAACUUGCCAAAGCGGGCGACACCAAAUCCCUAACGAAGAAGACAACCCUCGCUUCAUCAUCGUCAUCUACAAGCAAUACACAAUCCAGAGCUACGCCAUACAACGCCACGCGACACACCACGGGCCUCGCCGCCGCCAGCUUCACAUCCACGGGCGUGACUCCCCACACCUCCGCGUCCCUGGCACUAAUGUCCGACGAAGAAUACCUCCUCAGACGCGGCCGCGUGAAAGAAAAGGGCUACGUCCGCCUAACAACAACACACGGAUCUCUCAACAUAACCCUCAUCCCCGAACACGCACCCAAGGCAGUGUGGAACUUCACGCGGCUAGCCCAAAAGGGAUACUACAACGGAGUGACCUUCCACCGCAACAUCCGCAACUUCAUGAUCCAAGGCGGAGACCCGACAGGCACGGGAAAAGGCGGGUCGAGCAUCUGGGGCCGCAAUUUCAGCGACGAAUUCGAAGGCCCGUUGAAGCACGACGCGCGCGGCACACUCAGCAUGGCGAACAAGGGCAAAGACACCAACAGCAGCCAGUUCUUCAUCGCGUACCGUCCGGCCCGGCAUCUGGAUCGCAAGCAUACGAUUUUCGGGCACGUGGACCUCAACCCCGAGGAUGAGGCGGGCCAGGAGAGUAUUCGGACGCUGAAGGCGUUGGAGGAGGUGGAGGUGGACAGUGGCGAUCGGCCGAAACAGGAGGUGAAGAUCCUUGAAGCGAAGGUUUUCAUCGAUCCGUUCGAGGAGUUCUGGAAGAAGAAGAAAGAUUGGGACGAAGAGGAGCGGAGAAGGGAGGAGACCAGGAAGCUGGACCGCACGACCUGGACGGGCAAGCGGAUAAGAGAUCAUGAUGCCGACCCCGGCGGUGGUACCAUGGGCGUCGGCGGUGGUGCUGAUGGGGUGGGGAAGUACCUGAAAGCGUCACUCGCAAGCGCUCCUCCACGAGCGGAAAAUGCCGACGACGACGAGAUCCUUGAGUUCAUCGACGAAGAGCCUGAACAGCAACCAGUCCGGAAGAAAACGAAGGGCGUUGGUGGUGGGUUUGGCAAUUUCGACGGCUGGUGA